CCCGAUUUCCGGUGAAGUCAUGUGACUUGGUCAAGAUGGCGACCCACGAAUGGAUAUCUCAACAAAGGAACUAUGAGGCUGAAAGAAAGCGGGAAGUUCUCAGUAGAGAGGAGACAAACAGUCACCCUCUGAAGGCAAUCACUGUAUCUGAAAGCAAAUCCCGCAAGUCAAUUAAGAGCACUACUCCCAGCAAGAGUAAAAACCUAGCUAAUCCUCUCAGUCUUGACUCAGGUUUCGAUGGCACUGAUCCACUCUCACAAUUUGCUGCCCAAUCUGACCCUCUUUCACAGAUGGCCAGGCAGAUGACAAUUGAGGAAAAGGACACAAGGCCGAGGUCAAGCACAAACUCCUCCUCCUCGAGUGAGCCUGAUGAUUUCAUUGAACCAUGGUCAUCCAAACGUGCCACCAUCCUAUCCAAGUAUACAACAUCAGAGAAGCUGUCAAUUACAACAAGUUUCUUAUCGGCAUCAGAUAAAGAAAGAGUGGUGGUUAAGACAACAACAACUGGUACAGUGACAGAUAAGGUCAAGAAUCGUUUAGAGCAGCUUGAUGAUUUUGAGGAGGGCUCCGUCAGAGAAAUGUUGAAUUUGAGUCAGCAAGAAUAUGUCACCCGGAUAGAUGAGUUGAACCAAGCCUUGAUCACAGCCUGGGACCUCGAUCAGAGAGUCAAGUCGCUAAAGAUUGCCAUACAGUGUGCUAAAGUACUAUCAGAAACUACAGUCAUUCAGUUCUACCCAAGCAAGUUUGUCCUCAUUACAGAUAUACUGGAUACAUUUGGUAAACUUGUGUAUGAGCGAAUCAUGUGUAAAUCAUCAUACUAUCCGAAAGGAAGUCACAUGGCACAGCAAUUACCAGAAAGUUUCACCCCUGACCAGGUGCCAGACUCUGCCAAGGAAACAUGUCGUAACUGGUUCUUCAAGAUUGCAUCCAUUAGAGAACUAGUCCCAAGACUCUAUGUGGAAAUGGCCAUCCUCAAGUGCUGCAGCUUUCUCGCUGCAAAUGAAUUCUCCGAUGCGCUGAUGCGACUGUCCCACAUGAUCAAAGGUAUAGGAGAUCCAUUGGUCGCUGUCUAUGCCAGGUGCUAUCUAUCUAGGGUUGGCAUGAAAGUUGCUCCAAAGAACAGGGACUACCUCAUGUUCAUGUUCAAUGACUUUCUCAUCUCAUACCCUCAGCUUCAGAGUGAUUCUGUACAAAACAUUCUCGCUGUUCAGAAAGUUGAGAUGCCACGCUACCUGACGCUGUACUCGCCUGCGUUGGAUUGGUUGCUGCAGUCUAUUGCCCACAAUGCAUCAGAUCGUACGCUUAUGGACGUUCUGCAGAAAUGUAAACAACAGUGCAACAGUGCCCUUCUUCUGAAUUCGAUAAUGUCUGCCUUCAAACCUGAAUACAUUGCUGAGAGAGCCACACAGUUUACAGCCCAGAUAAAAGAAUGUGAAGAGACAGGAUUCCCAAAGCAUCUUCUUCAUCGGACCCUUGGAUUGUGUUUAGUUAUGGCAGACCCACCUGAAGACCAGAGGCUAGCUGUUCUCAAUGAAGUCUGGAAAGUCAUUAUGAAGCUGAAAAACCCAUCGGAUUACAUCACAUGUGCUGAGGUCUGGAUUGAGUAUGUUGUCAAGCAUUUUUCGAAACGUGAGGUGAACACAGUCCUUGCUGACAUCAUCAAGCACAUGUCUCCUGAUCGAGCUUUUGAAGAUCAUUACCCUCAGUUGCAGUCCGUAGUCUCGAAGGUCCUGGCUCAUAUUCAUGACUUUUCUGCAUUAUUUGCUUUGGAUAAGUUUCUGCCCUUCAUAGACAUGUUCCAGAAAGAGUCUGUCAAAGUGGAAGUCUGCAAGAGUAUCAUGGAAGCUUUUAUAAAAUUCCAACUUGACCCCACCAAUGACCCAGUCAUCAUGAAUGCCCUGAUGUUCAUAUGCAAAACCAUGCAUGACUCUGUAAAUGCUCUGACUUUAAACGAUGAAAGAAAUUCCAUAGCCAAACUAAUCAGUGGCUUUGUAACAAGGAUUUCAUUUGGGCGGGACUUUGAGCAACAGCUAAGUUUCUUUGUUGAAGCUAGAGCGAGUUUCACCAAUCUUGAUGCAGUGCUGAUACAGUUGAUUCAGAAUGUGAACAAAUUGUCCAUAGAGACCCGGGCAGUUGUGAAUGGGAACCACACGAGAAAGACAGCAGCAUUUGUCCGGGCAUGUGCUGCGUAUUGUUUCAUCACCAUUCCGUCGCUCCAAGGUGUCUUCACUCAACUCAACUUGUACUUACAAACAGGCAAAGUGGCCAUGUUCAAUCAGUGCUUAUCUCAAGCUGAUGCCUUCUACAAAGCCUCCAUCUCCCUCAUCCCUGAGGUACCAAAGACAAUGGAGAUUGAUGGGAAACAACGUAAUUCUGAAAUGCUACUCGCAGAAUAUAUCAGAAACUUUGCAUCAACUCUGCUUGUUGUUCAAGACAGCCCAGACCAAGGAGUACUCUACCUGAUCCGUGGCCUGCUGAACAUUCUCCAGAACUACACCUGGGACAUGAAUAAUGACACCAAGAUUCGCCUCUACAUGGAUGUGCUCAAUCUUCUAUCAGCAAUGUCACAAGAGAGCUAUGCCUACCACGUUGACAAUAUGGACUCCAAUGAUGCUAUGUAUGGAAGCGACCCAAAGUUCCUGAAUGAAAUCAAAAAGAUUUGUACAACAUUGAUGGAGGAAGUAUUGACUCAUCUAAAGACUUUGGAGUCAACUGAGCAACUAAAGCGCCAGUCAACAAUUGCUUUCGAAUUGUUCAGUCACAUUCUAGCCCAUGGAGACAUCAGGAAUCAUGAUAUGUUCGGACUGGCACUCAAUCUGUGGACACUGGCGCAGAAGCAUGGCUUAGCUGACACCAAACAAAUGGUUCAGACACUGGAUUAUGUAAAGAGCAAAGGAACCAAACCAGACAGCAAGCAUUACAGUGAUCUAGCAUCAAAAAUGCAUCUGCAAUCAAGAGCAUAAAACUGGUGCUUCAUCAGAGAAAAUGUAUUGUGCAGUGUUUGUGUGAAGACAUUCUGUAUAAUGACAUUCCGUCACCAUUUAAUCCAUGAAACAUUACUGUAUAAAUUCAAAUUCAAAUAAUGAAAUAAUGUGCAUACUCCACUGGAAUAACAAAUCGAAUGCUAUUUAUUGUGGGGAUGUACAUUAAAACCUCUCUGUUAGGACUAUCUUGGGACUGAAAUAUUUCUGUCCUUUGAACUGAAGAGAGGUUUGCUGCUGGCUGUAUGAAAUAGAAUGAAAAUGAUCAAUUGGGACUAGCUGGGUGUUGUACUUGUUGGAGCUUUGUUGCUCAUGGCUCUAAGUAGGAGGUCCAUUCAUUAGUCCUUUAGCUUUGCAUGAUGCAAGUAAUAGAUGCACCUUUUUCCAGACAGAAAUCAGACUUUGAAGACGUUGUUUAUACAUUAUUCAUAUUUUGUUAAGAAGUUUCAGUCCAUUACAAGCGCAUGAGUGAAGAUAUUCAUCUUUGACUUGAUUAUCUUAUUGUUGUGUCACAUGUGAGGGUCCUGUCCAUGUAUUUGUACUAGAUGUAUAAAACAAACGAAAUAAAGCUUAUGAUGUAUUUAUUAUGAAA